AUGUUGGAAAGUGGCUACCCCAAUCACACACCACAAUCACAAGUACAAGUACAGGUACAAGUACAACCUCAAUCACAGCAACAACAACAACAUCAUUCUUCAACAACCCACAACAUUCAUAACAAUAACAAUAACAUCAUCAGACAUAGACAUAAUAUAGAACCUGUCCAGCAUCGUCUGAUUUACAAUGAUCAGCAGCAACAGCCACUGCAGAGGCAGCAUCAGCAGCAUCAUCAUCAGCAGCAGCUUCAAUUGAGAUAUUAUCAUUAUCAGCAUCAACAACCUUAUAAUCAUCAACACCAACAUCAUCACAAUCACAAUAGACAUCAACAUCAACAUCAUCAACAUCAAAUACAACAACAGCAACUUCAACAACAGGCUCCCUCACACACAAAGUUACAACAACUACACCAACAACUAUAUCUUCAGCGUCAACAACAACAAUUACAACUACAACAACAACAACAACUACAACAGCCACAACAACAACAACAACAGAAGAAGAAGAAGUUCUCAGAUAUAUACAAGAGUGGAAAGCAGAAGAUAAUGAUAUCGUUAUAUAAUAUUUAUAGGAACUAUCCUUCCAAUCCACCUGCCUUCUCCAAAUCGCCAUUAUGGUUGAUGGGCAAGUGUUAUCAUCCAUCGGCAAGGCCAUCAUCACCAGAACAACAAGUAGUGUCUGGUGAUCGUGAGCAAGUGCCAGUGCCAAUGCCUGUACCAUUACAAACAAUAUCGAACAAUACCAAUAGCAAUGGAAAUCGCUUGUUUGGCUCACUGUUUCAAUCAUCACAACAACAUCAACAACAACAACAAUCACCUGACCAACAACAACAACAACAACAACAACAACAAGUUACAUCUACAACUUCCAACAACAACAACAACCACAACAAUGGAACAACAAAGGAUGAAGCGUCUCAAGAGAUUGAUCGCUUCAUUGCAGACUUCAAAUCUAUACUUUGGUUGAGUUAUCGCAAGGACUUUCCAGCAUUUGAGAACACAAACAUUACGACGGACAUUGGCUGGGGAUGCAUGGUGAGGACAGGACAGAUGUUGUUGGCACGUGGUCUUCUUAGACAUCUCUACUUCAACGAGGCCAUACCCGAAGCAGACAAACAUCGUCCCAACUCCAAGUAUCGGCGCAUGAUGACAUGGUUCUGCGACCAGCCUGGCAAGGAGCAUCACUACUCCAUCCAUCGAAUUGUACAUAAGAACAAGAUGCUCACCAAGUAUCACAACAACUCAAUCCUUCGCGACUUUGGCAUUGAGCACGAGGACGAUCAGAACUGGAACAACGUCGAGGAAUGGUUCGCUCCAACAAGGAUAUCAGUUGUCCUUAGACACUUGCUAAAGUCACAACAACAACCUGACAUUACGAUUACAUUGUCGGACAAUAGUUCGUUGGUCCCAUCACUCAAAUCACCAAGCCAGAGUUGCACGAUAUUCACAUCGUUUGUGCCUUCAAAGUCGCAGAGCUCAUCGAUGGAUGACUCAUACUUUAUGGUGUCGGAUGGUAGUCAUGGAGACUCGAGUGUGGACUCCCCAAUCAAGGACCCUCUGACGUGCUCAGACUUUGGCAGCAUCAUCACUGAGCAGUGGAAGUCGAUCAUCAUCAUGGUGCCAAUCAAGCUUGGGGUUGAUCGUCUCAACGAUAUCUACUUUGGACAGAUCAAGGCGAUGCUACAGAUGCCCCAGAGUCUUGGUAUCAUUGGUGGCAAGCCCAAACAAUCAUUCUACUUUGUUGGCCAUCAAGAUGACAAUCUCAUCUACCUUGAUCCUCACUUUGUCCACGAGCACUCGACACCAGACCAACAGAACUUCAUUGAUUCUUAUCACAAUUGUAUUCCUCAGAAGAUGUCUCUGUCACAACUCGAUCCAUCGAUGGCGAUUGGAUUCUAUUGUAGGACUCAAAGCGAUUUCGAAGACUUGUGCUCAAGGAUUAGUGCAGUCGAGUCGCAUGGAUCUCCAAUGAUAAGCAUUGGUGAGAUCAGUCCAGACUACCAGGCAGAGACCGACGAUAUUGACCUGUCAUUUUACGAAUCGGACAUUGGACGAAGCUUUGCAGAGUUGCUCCUCACCAGUGGCGGUGCAAGAGGAGACAGUGAUGCCGAAGACGAUACAUCAGCCAGAGAUCCAUCACAGCAACCACACCAUCAUCACCAACAUCUGGCUGGCGAGGAAGAAGAAGAUUUCGAUGGAUUCACUAUGGUCCAAUAG